ACGUUAUUAUUUAGCACUUACACUACCGAGGCCGUAACUAUCACACUUAUAUAUUGUAAUUAUGUGUCGACCUCAACAGAAAAUGUGAAGGAAGAUUUGUUUUUAUUACUUAACAAGAUUCAACCAGCCCGUCCAGGAUGUCUGUGGUUCCUAGUUCUGCAGGACGUCCAACAUCGGAAGGAAUAAAAUCCAGUCAAGCUGCCGCACCCCUCCCAUCCCACGGGGUUUUCCAGGAACGACCCUGUCCCAACCAUACAGGGAAAUGGCUCGUGAUGGUGUGUACUACGUGCCGGGACAGUUUCGUCUGCCUCACGUGCAUCAACUCAUCCCACAUUGGCCACAUGUUUGUGGAGAUAGAAGAGUACCUCGCCCUGAAGCGACAUCUGUUUUCUAGACUAAAACAAGUUGCGGACACCAAACUCACGACUCUAAAAUCAAGAAUAGAAAAAGCAAAAAACACGAAACAGGAAAGUACACAAAACAUGAAAGAAUUGACAGACUACAUAAAGAGUCGGUCAGAUGAGAUGAAAAAGCAGGUUGAUGAGAUAUGUGAAAAAUAUACAACUCAAUGUCGUAAUAUCGGUCAGAAAAACGACGAUUUGCUCAAACAUGUCGAAGACCGGAUGCAACGCCAUUUUGAUGAUUUGUCGGAGGCAGCAGAUCGUUGUAAAGACGUGCUAGAACAGGAAAGGUACCAAAAUCUCUUACACACCGAGAAAAAUCUUAAACAACAAAACAGUCGACCGUAUGACCUUUUCCCAAACUUGCAAAGUGUUGGAAUAGUAAUGUCAGACAAAAUGACAAGAAUGAUGACACAGUUCGGAUAUAUGGACACUCCGAUCUGGAAACCAGAUGCGGAAGGACCGGGAAAGGACGAAUGGGGCGAGGAUUCGACAAAGGACGCAGAGCCGUACCAAGUUCAGGUACUUAGCACCUUCCAAAUGAAAUCCGAAAGGCAGGUCCUGUCAGUCUGUCCCAUCGACAAUACUUCCGCUUGGCUGAUUUGUACCGGAAGUAACGAAGCUUCGCUUACUACAAAAAAAGGUGACAUCACCGUACACAUGCGCGUCAAGCCUGGCGUGAAGCUAAACGAUGUCGUCUGCUCAGCCGAUCGAAAGAGCGUUUAUUGCUGUGCUCAGUCAUCCGUGAGAACUAUUCUUCCAGACGGGAAGUACAAAGUGCUGUUUCGGACCGAUGAUUACGCUAGCAGUUUAUGUGAGGGGAAAGAUGGCGGCAUCAUCGUUUGCCAUGACGACAAAGGCAAAAUGGUAGAGUACAAUGGUCACGGUGACGUAAUCAAGGUCAUCACGGAGGAUAUGGAUGGUUGGAAACUUUUCUCCUGGCCUAGGAGAGUUCGGGUGAACCGGAAAAACGGAGACAUGGCUGUCAUCGAGGAAACAACACCGAGACACGUUGCUGUUAUGGACAGCAAUAUGGACGAGCUGUGCAGAUUCCAGGGAAUUAAAGAUUCAGGAAAAGGCGAACAAAAGCCAGACGAACAAGAUUUUCUACCACGCGAUAUAUGUUUUGACAGGAACAAUGACGUCAUUAUCGCCGACUACGGCCAUGGCUCUGUGAUCGUGAUUGAUAGGGAUGGGCGACUUAUACGGACGAUAUGGAGAGAUGAAAUGCCUCCCACGAGCUUGGGACUACAACCCAACGGGGACCUAUGGGUGGGCUUCCUGGACGGACAGGUCAAGAUCUUCAGAUAUAUUGAACAUUGAUAUUCAACCAUAGCAUCAUUGUCCUAAGGGGUUUACCCGCUGAAGUGACAGCUCUAAAAACAUACAACCUUUGAAGGAUUGUGUACUAAUAAUGUGGUCUGCAAUAGGAUACAGUUUUUUUGUAGUGUACGAAGCUUAAAUCAAGAAAGAUAACUCGUGUUGAUUGAUCUGAAAUUCGCAUGCAAUUGUUAUAUGCUAAUAUACAUUAUUUGCAAUUAAA